GCAGAGGAACUGAACACCAUCAUUGGGAAUGCUUUCAAGAUGGCUUAUGCACAGCAGAGAGUGCGACAGCCCACAUUCAAUGAGCUCAUCGAAAUGCAACUGAAUGAGCAGAAAGCAAAGUUUGCAGAAUAUCAGGUUCAGGCACAAAAAGAGUUCAAACAGAAGCUUACAGAGAUAGCCACUCCUACCCCGUUCUCAGAAAAGGCGAUCCAGCGCAUGGAGAUGAGGCGACAGUCCAGUAGCGACGAUGUCCAGGAGAAAGAACUUGUUGUGGGCAAAAAUAAACUAUGGUUUUCAUUACAACGUAGUCCCAUCAAGGCUAAGCAAGCAGUGGAUAAGGUGAAGCAUCGGUCAGCUGCCAACGAAACUUUAAGUUCCUCACCCCCCGGGCGCAGUGAGUCCCCCACUGUCGGAGGGCGGCCCCAGUCAGAGGCUCUGAUCCACAACUACAGUAUUGGAGACACUGCUAACAAACGUAACUCCACUCCAGUACACUCCCUAAAUCAGAACGCUUCUUCCCUAGCAUUUCUCCGGAGUUCCUUUGACAGUACAAAUAACUCGGGGAAGAGUAAGGGAUCUCCAGUGACUGCCCUGAAGGACGCUAUAGACAAGGGCUUUUGUAACGGUUCUUUAUCUAGUCAGGACAGCACAGACUCCGGUGGACUCCUCAUUCACGACCAGGAGGGUUACCUUGCCCCGCAUAAUGGACGCCUACUUAACGAGGAUAAG